AACCAUAAAAACCCCCACUCGGGAAAAAAAAAAAGGAAACAAAAUAAGAAGGAAAGGAAAAAAACAAGAACGGAAAGAAAAUUUUCAGUCCGCGUUUCUCCUCUAUUUAACGCGUUAACGCCGCGUACUUCCGCAAUUUCUCCCAUCAAAAUCCCUAAUUUUCUCUCAUUUCCAUUCUCGACCUCAAUCGAGAAGAAAGAUGACGACGAUGCUACGAUCGUGCUUUCGUCCGUUAGAGCGAUGCUUCGGCCGCCUCGGCACCGGCGACGGCCUCUUAUGGCACCUCGACCUGAAGCCCCAUUCCUCCGGCGAGUUCUCGAUCGCUGUCGUUCAAGCGAAUUCAUCGUUGGAGGAUCAAGGCCAGGUCUUGACCUCGCCGUCGACGACCUACGUCGGCGUCUAUGAUGGCCAUGGCGGACCUGAGGCCUCUCGCUUCGUCAACAGCCGCCUCUUCCCUCAUCUCCACAAAUUCGCAUCGGAGCAGGGUGGACUGUCGACGGAGGUUAUAAAGAAGGCGUUUGAUGCGACGGAGGAGGAGUUCUUGCAUUUGGUGAAGCACUCGUGGGUGUCGCGGCCGCAGAUUGCUUCGGCAGGGUCGUGCUGCUUGGUGGGGGCGAUCACUGAGGAUGUGAUUUACGUGGCCAAUUUGGGGGAUUCGAGGGCGGUGCUGGGGCGGAAAGGGGCUGAUGGGAGAGCUGUUGCCGAGAGAUUGACGAACGACCAUAACGUCGCAGUUGAGGAAGUGAGGAAGGAGCUUGCGGAGAACCAUCCGGACGAUUCGCAUAUUGUUGUGUAUAAUCGAGGAGUUUGGAGGAUCAAAGGGAUCAUCCAGGUAUCAAGGUCUAUUGGUGAUGUCUACUUGAAGAAACCCGAUUUCAGUAGAGACCCAUUAUUCCAGCAAUUUGUUUCUCCUGUCCCAUUGAAGCGAGCUGUUAUAACUGCAGAGCCCUCAAUUCGAACGAGAAAGCUCAAGCCAAAUGACUUGUUUGUGAUUUUUGCAUCAGAUGGCCUCUGGGAGCAGUUAACCGAUGAAGCUGCUGUUGAGAUAGUAUUCAAGAACCCGAGAGCAGGAAUUGCGAAGAGAUUGGUAAGGGAAGCCCUGAAUGAAGCUGCAAAGAAAAGGGAGAUGAGAUAUAGUGACAUAAAAAAGAUAGAAAAGGGAAUAAGAAGACACUUCCAUGAUGAUAUAACAUGCAUUGUGAUUUAUCUCGAUCAACAUCGCCAAGGGAAGCGAAAUAAAGCCGAUGGAAAUAGUUAUGACUACACCAGUGCUCCUGUCGAUAUUUUCUCCUUCAAUUCCGAUGAGUCUGAGGCUCCUCUUCAUCCUGUGAAGUGAACUAUGAGGUUGUCAUAUAAAUGAUAUAUAUUAUACAUAGGUUUAUCUAACGGAAAAAGUGAUUGGAGAAAUUGGGCUUAGAAUAAAACUUAAGAGGAGAUGUACAUAACAUGACUUUUGAGGGUCUGUUUAUAUGUUGGCUCGCAAAUUUUGGAUAUUUAUGGGGACUUCUGCUUUUGCUGAUUUA